CUUUUUUCCAAAAUUAUGCAAUAUUUUGUAAAUAUGGGACUGGUGUCCUUGUACGAGCUAAAACCUCCAAUUAGUAAAAAUAAGAUCCAGGAGAUUACAAAAGCCGCAAUUAGAGCAAUCAAGUACUACAAACAUGUUGUGUUUGGAGUCGAAAAAUUUUUAACCAAGUGCAAACCUGAAUACAAACUUCCUGGUAUGUACUGCAUCGACUCAAUAAUUCGCCAAUCUCAACAUCAGUACAAGGAAAAAGAUGUUUUUGCCGCAAGAUUUGCAGUUAAUAUGUUGCAGACAGUGGUUAACCUUAUGAGUUGUAAAGCUGAAGACACAAUGAAAAUUGUGAGGGUGAUGAAUUUAUGGAUAGUUCAAAAAGUAUAUGACGAGGAGAUAGUAAGGCCCUGGCUGGAGUACUGUAGGAAAGCUCAUGGCUCUCGCGGUGUAACUGCUUUUUUAAUUAUUUUAUAUUUUCUUUUUCAGGAUAAUAUGCCUCACACUCCUCCACUUGAAGCGCAUGAAGAAGUUACAGAAGGUGGCAUUAGCGAGAAGGAGACCUUGGAAAUAAUAACGAAUAUGAAUCUAGAUUUGGGAGGGAUGUUUACUCAAGACCCGAACCUGUUAAAACGCUUGAAUAAAAUAAUAAACGAAAAGUUGGUUGAACGCAGAGAGUUAGAUUCCCGCAGACAAGGGAACAUCAAGGUUUCUUCAUCAGAUAGAGCUGUAUUUCGUUUCUUUACAUCUUUAGUUGCCUCUUGUACGUUAUGGUUUGGAAGGCUUCCUUCAAACUGUUCUGAGGAGGAUAUUCGUAUGUCCGUCAUCGAUGCUGGUGAACCCAAAAGAAUAAAUAUCAUCCCUUCGCGUGCAUGCGCAUACGUAACCAUGAAGGAUCGAAAGGCAGCGUUUCGUGUGAUGGAACGCCUUCAGCGGGGAAUACAGGUCGCCAAAAGAAAUGUUAAAGUAAGCCAAGGGCUGAAAGAAAAGUUCAUGGAUUAUUGGGACUCGGACCGUGGUGUUUCUCAAAUACCACACAGUAAAUUACCUGAAAAUCUAGAACCACUGCUUGAAGGUGGACAGUUGGACGUAGAAACUUUGCCAUCCCAUUUAUCAGGUACUGUCUAUAUGCCAAAAAUAAGAAGUUUUCUCUACAGUUAA